CUAGUCGAAAUGGACAGGUUGUGAGGGUGAGAUAGCGGUGAUGUCGACUUUCAAGAAACCGACCGGAGGGCCCGACCGAAAAAGGCGAAAAAGCGGAGAGAGACAAGGGGCGAUGACAAGCCUUGGAUAGAACGGCUGUCGAGGAGGGGAAAGAAAGGAAAAAGAAAAAGAAGGCAAGUGCUAUGGAAGAACAGAAAGAGAAGAAAUGGAAGAAUGAAAAGGGAAGAAGAAAUAAUAAUCAAGGACAGAGCCUUGAUAUCGGGAAGGUGGGUAAAGUGGGUGGGAAGAAGAGAAGGGGAGAGGAAGAGAGAGAGAGAGAGGGAGAGGGGAGAAGAAGGAAUGGAAGGUGAGCGAUAAGUUUUAGUCCUGCCGCCGUUACGGAACAGAAAAAUCAAAAAUUAUUAUUUUAUUUAAAAAAAGAGCGCGGCUGCCAAAGGGGCAACAGCAGCUUAAAGUCGGUGAAAGACGCGCCUUUUGGAUUAUUCCCUGUAGCCUUUUUUCUUUUUUACUAAAACUAUGACAAUAUAAUAUCAAUAAUAGUACUAUAAUAAUAUUAACCGGUUACAUCGCCAGUCGUUCGUUGGAAAAGUCACGGUGGCAGGUUUGCGUGAAUAAAAUGAUCUAUUACCGUUUUAGGUAUCCUUAUACCUCUUGAAAAAUACACUCCCCAUACAAAAUGUAACAUUGGGCUGCAAUAAGAGAGAGCAUCAUGCUAUCGUUAUUGCCUUGGAAAUUAUGGGUGU